CUUCGCUUCGAGUCAAAACAAAACAAAGCAAAACAAGUCGAAAAGAGCGCAAAGAAACGAGCAUUUGGGCCGCCGCGACGGAGGAAAGUUCCUUAAAAGUCGUCGCCUAUCAGAAGCGGGUGACCGGAGGCCGUAAUCUGGAGCUUUUGACGGAGUUUUUCGCGGAUUGUAAACUCUUGAGUAGCAGGGGAGCUUAAGCAGCAGCUAACGUUACGGUGCCUGUUUUCAAAGUGCGGCGAAGAGUCCGAGCCGACGGAGCAGCCGGGACUUUCAGCCGGACUAUCAGGUGCGUUUACCGAGUCCACGGCGAUAAACAAGGAAGAAAAACCAGAAGAAACCCUAGCUGAGCCCCAGGACCGUUCUGUGGGAGUUUUGUUAGCGGGUUCUUCGAACAUCGUGUGCCGCCGCAGGAGUGUGGAGAAACAUCAUGGCAGAUGGUGACACGCGCCUGGCCGCAAUGUGGCGGAUCGUGCAAACCUGAGGACUUUUUUGUUUUUUACAUUUUAACCCUAAUCACACUAAAAAAAAACUAGUUCAUCAAAUUGAUUUUUCUGUUUUUUGUAAUUAGUUUGCAUAUUUAUUGACUGGACUGUCCACAGACAGACGGAGGACCGCGUCUCUGAACUAUUUGUACUUUUUUUCUUCUUCUUCUUUGGAGGGGGAGCAGCACAAAUUAGAUCCUCGGAAAUUUUCAUUCUUUAAUCCACUUUUUAUAGUUAAAGUUAGUCGUUUAUUGUGUAUUUUUAUAUUGUUUUGUUUGGGACUUGUUGUUUACAAGUGCUGAGGGUUUCUCAGAAGUAGCCAGAUAAUCCCAGAUUGAGUGUUUAUAGUUUUACGUUAAAACAAAAACUGAAUUCUGGCAAAUUUGGGACAAAAUAAUUUUUAUAUUUUUCUUAGUUCUUUUCAUAUAUUAUUUCUGAAGUUAGACAAAGAUCUGUUGUUCGUCUGGAAUGGGAUUGUUUGGGUUUAAAUCACGUUUAAGGUUGUUUUCAUUCAUUUCCUGGUGAACAUCUGUAGAUCCAGAUGUUUUGGUGUCCAUCGCUGCUCCGUCACUUUUGUUUGUGUUUGAUUGGAACAAAGGGGUUCCAGUCGCAGCCCUCCUUCCCCCGGGUUAAAUCUGAAGGUUUAUGAUAGUUACUAUUAAGGAGAUUAUUUGGGUUCCCUAAUCUCCAAUCUGAGGAUUAACCAAGGCCAUCGGUGUGUUCAGAUUAUUGAGUCUCUUCUCUAGGCCCCUCAGUUGACCCCCACCUUGCAGUAGAGGUGUUUUUUUAUGUUUUAAAGUUUUUCAAGGCUGUAUUUAUCCUUUAUUGACCUUUUGGAGGUAAAUGUUUUAAAGUGAGGCGCAGCUGGUGAAGUAAAACUCAAAGAGCCGCCAUGAUGGAGGAGUCGUCGAUGCCCCCGAUCGACCCGGAUUUCGAGCCGCAGAGCAGACCACGCUCCUGCACGUGGCCGCUCCCGAGGCCCGACAUCUCGGUUGUGAAACCGGAGGGGCCGGACGGCGCCGAGUCCGCCGCGGGGACCCCGCCCGCGGACGAGGACAAGCCCGAGCCGCAGCAAAUCACCUCCGAGCCGGAGAAAGCCGCGGCAGAGGGCGGGGCCUCCGCCGGGGCGGCCGGAGCCGGAGCCACGCCCCGCAAGGGCUCGUCCCGGCGCAACGCGUGGGGCAACCAGAGCUAUGCCGACCUGAUCAGCCAGGCCAUCGAGAACUCCCCGGAGAAGAGGCUGACCCUGGCCCAGAUCUACGACUGGAUGGUGAAAACUGUGCCUUACUUCAGAGAUAAAGGAGACAGCAACAGCUCAGCAGGCUGGAAGAAUUCAAUUCGCCACAAUUUAUCACUCCACAACAAGUUCUUGAGAGUUCACAAUGAGUCGACAGGAAAAAGCUCCUGGUGGAUGCUCAACCCCGAAGGUGGGAAGACCGGGAAAGCUCCCCGCCGCCGAGCUGUGUCCAUGGACAACAGCAGCAAACUGCUGAAGAGCCGCAUGAGAGCCAAGCAGACCAAGAAGCAGGCGGGGGCGGCCGGCGCGGGGGCCGUGCUGCCGGGGGACGGCGCCGCCGGUUCGGCCGGCGCAGACAGCCCCAACUCGUCCCAGCAGUUCUCCAAAUGGGGCGUCAACAGCAGCAGCCCCUCGUCUCGCGGCAGUCUGGACGACGCGGACAUGUGGACCACCUUCCGCCCCCGCACGAGCUCCAACGCCAGCACCCUGAGCGGGCGCCUGUCCCCCAUCGCUCCCGUCCAGGAAGACGACGACGAUGACGACAACCUCCCCGAGGACGGGCUGCUGGGGAGGUACUCCAGCAGCAGCCUGACCCCCACCCUCACAGAGACCGUCAUGGAGGAGCUGGAUCUGAUCGACAACCUCACCUUGAUGACGGGGCAGCAGGGCGGGGCCAGUCCCAGCACAGCCCCUCCGGCGCCCCCCACUCCGCUGCCCUCCGCCUCCACCCUGCUGCCCCGAGGCUCCGGCUUCCCCUCCUUCCACCAGCUGCCGUCGACCAGCCUGUCACCAGCACCCUCCAAUGCGGGGGCGCAGGCCUCCGUCUCGCUGUGCGGACCGAGCAGCAAAGAGCCCGCCACCUUCAGCAACUCCAUCUUCACCCCGAUGCCCACCCCUGGCUCCCGCGGGAGCGGCCACUACGGCGCCCACGUCCCCUCCAGCCUGGAGACGCUCCUCACCUCCGACUCCCCUCCUCCGAACGAAAUGUUGAUGUCCCAGGUGAGCAGUCCUGGAGGGAUGGGGCAGAUGGGUCUGGGGUCGUCUGUGGUGGGCGUGAGGCCCACCUCCAGCCAGCUGCAGAUGAGCAAAGGGCUGGAGGCGAACGCCGUGGCGCCGAUGGCUCUGCAGCCUCAGAUGCAGCCUCAGCAGCACCACCUCCACCACCAGCAGCAGCAGCAUCACCCUCAGAUGAACAUCGGGAUGAUCCUGUCCGGCAUGUCCCAGGACCCGCCGCAGCUCUCCGCCCUCAAAGCCCACCACCCGAUGGUGCCGGCCAUGGGCGCUCAUCACGGAGGGCCCCUCUCCUCAGCCAAUCAGAGCAUGAGCCUCCAAGGGAUGAAUCCGUUCGUGGCGCCGUCCAGCUUCCCCACCGGCCCAGACCGCCUGCCCACGGACUUGGAUGUGGACAUGUUCACUGAAAACCUGGACUGCGACGUGGACUACAUUAUUAACAGUGACCUCAUGGACGGAGACAGCAUGGAUUUCAACUUUGACCCUAUUCUGCCCGGAGGCCAGGGCUACCCGGGCCCCACCACGACACAGGGGUCCGCUCACAACUGGGUGCCCAGCUAAUUCCUCAGCUCAGCCCACAGAAUUAUCCAGAAACAGAGCUCCACUCAACACAAACCUCAACAAACAGCAGAACAACCCAGGCGUCCUUCUUCCCAGCGGGCUGAAGAUACAGUUUUUUACUAGAGAGAAAUACAAAUUUUCUCUUGGAUUUUUAAAAUGGAUGCCUGACCCACGUCAUGUGCCAAGACAUGCAGAGGACAACGGGACGAUUCAGGCUACUAUGCACAGUUUUUCUCCUGUUUUUUUUUUCUUUGUAACACUUGGCAAAAAAAAUAUGGCUGCUAGCCGUAUUUUUUUCCCUAACUGAAACUGAGUAUUUUUUUUUAAAGAUGAUGUGUGACAUAAUAUUUUUGGAGUGGAAAAGACAAAUCAUUGUCUCCCUGCUGCUGGGAGUUUGCAUUUCAGUCGAGUUACACCAGAGCAGCUUUAGAUGAUGGUACCCUGGAUUUAUCUGGCGCCGGUGUUCAUAACUUAAAUUUUUGUUUUGUUUUCCUUUUAGAGAAAUGGCCAGUUUUUGCGCUGACACUCGCUCAACAUGAACCAGACCAAAACGCAGCGCGAUCGCCUGAACUGGGCGCCCGCAUCGCCCCGAAAACAGAAGAGUCUCGAUUAAAAAUAAAUAAAUAAACUGGACAAUCUGUUAAAAAAAAGUUUUGUUGCCCAAUUUACAAAUUUUAAAUAAAAAACGGAGAAGAAAAUAUAAAUUUGGAAGAGAAAUUUGACAUUUUUUGGUGUCGAUCCAGCGUGUUAGGACAUGUUUUUAUGAGGUUGUCUUUUUUAUUUUAUUUUUUAAUUUCCUGAUGUGCAGUUAAACUAACAAAAUGAAGAAAUGUGAUUUGUGACUUUAUACACGGGGGGGCAUUAAAGAGUAAAUUUAGUCGCUGAUGAGUUUUAGGACGUCCUCAACAGGAGAAUGCUUCCACUAUCAAAUUGUCAACUUUUUUUCCCCUUGUUUUCUGUUUGAGUCCUUUUCAAAGCACUUAGGUUUCCUGCGACUCAGGAACCCCAAACUAUAAGAACAGAUCCAAGUUAGUUUGUUUCAUUUCAAUGAAAAGAGAGUUUAUAAUAUUCUAAAAGAGACUAUUUUAAUGUAGACGUUGCACAAGUACUUGACGGCACGCUAUGCAGACUUACCAGGGGAGGUUAAUGGAAACCUUGAAGGAAAUUUGAGCAAAAAAAAAAAAAAAACACUUUCUUGAAGGCUUUCGCUAUUUUAAGAUUUUUCUGAUUUUUUUUUUCUUUUUUUGGGUGGGGGGUUAAGAUUUGGAUGUCUCACACUUUAAUUUCUAAAUAACUAAUGCUAAAGCAAUUAAUCAACAGUGUGAGUAACAAAAAAGAAUAUAUUUGAUUAUAGUUUUAAUAUACAAUUUAGCUUGAUAAAGAUAUUAAUACAAAUAAAUAUAUUACUAAUAAAAAAGUGGUGUUUUUUUACAUCAUAGGAAGCAUUCUCAGAUUGUUUUUAACGGUAAUUUUCUAUGCUUUUAUUUUUGUAAAGAAUGAAAUGCGUGUAGAUUUUUUUUUUUUUUUUACGUAACCAAAGGAACACUAAUAUUUGCAUGGCAUUUAGGGAGCGCUUGGGCCUGAGACAGUAUCCUCGAUGUACAUAAGCUUUGCUGGAAAAAAAAUUACCUGUAAUGUGAUUUAUUUUAUUUUUGUUUUGUUUUAUUUCGUUUUUGGAAGAUGAAUACUUGAUACAUGUUUGGCUGAGAGUCCCCCCGCGCCACCUGCCUCGCGUCUCUUGUUUUAUUCUUUAAUCUUUUAUUGGCAAACGUUCUCAUCUCAAAAACAGUACUCACACAGCUUUUACCUCUUAGAAGUAAACAGCAAAGCAGCAAGGAAAAAAAAGAAACAACACAAACAUUAGCUGUGAUGAAAACCGUGUUUUUGCGUAUCUUUUUUGCGCCGCGGCAGACUGGAAACCAGCAUGUCUUCGUGCGAUUUUCCUGGAGACUUUUCCAUCUUAAAAAAGAUCCAAACUCGUAUAUUUUAAUUACUUUGAUUUUAGAGACGUCUUUGUAGCUAUUCAUGCCUUUCCCUUGUUGUUUUUUUUUGUUUUGUUUUAAACCGACAACAUUUUAAAACACUAGAGCACAAAGUGACUUUGUAGCAGGAUUUCUUUUUUUCCAUCUCCCUUCUCUGAACGUUUUUUGUUUAAUUUUUAAUUUUGUUCCCGCAGUUUAAACAAGGGGUUGUCCACUGUUCUGCGUGUUUUCUUUGUUUCUUCUCCAUUGCAACCGAUGUGGGGAUGAAUGGGGGGAUUUAUGGGCUUCUUUAGAACUUGAAGAGGUAAUUCAGUCACUGACUCGGGAGCGUUGGCGUAGGGAAACAGACACAACAUGCAGGAUUGGACACCCAUCUUUUUUUUCUACUGCAAAAAUUUGCCAUCUAAAAAUAAGUUAAAAAACUAAAUUAUAGUCUGAAUCUUCUCAAAUUAAGUGAAAUAAUCUGGCAGUGCAGUAAGACAUUGCACUUGUUGAAAUAAGAGUAAUUCCUAACUCUGCUCUUGCCUAGUAUAUCAGUUUCAAAACACGAUCAAAACUAUAUUUUGGCUGCACAUAAGACUUGUUUGGAUGGACAGUUUUUGCAGAGUCACUGUAGCAGUGUGUUCUCCUCUGAUCUGAUAUGUAUAAAGCACUCUCCUUUCCUAAACGAAUGUUUAACAUUUUCUUAUUUUACUUUUUGAAAUGGUGCUAGAUGAAACAAUUUGUGAUGUAUUUGGAGUAUGCCGCGCAUAUCAGAUUUUUUUAUUAUUAUUAUUAUUUUAAUUCUCUCUGUAGGACAGUCAAGCAGUCAGUCCUCCACCCAACGUUUGGUCACGUGGAGCGGCUCGGCCCCGUUUAAUCUGGAAAAGCAAACUUGUUUCUCUGCUAGUUUCAGUCGUAACAUAACGUUAGACAAGCUGAUUGUCGUAAACUGACGUCCCGUUAUUAACAGCUGGUGGACGCAGCAGCUGCUUUCUCACCUGUUUACGGUUGCUGUGUUACUUUGUUUAUAUUCUUCCUUUAUACGACACAACUAUCCGCAUAUUUUAUUUUCCUUAAAAGUUGUUAUCUUAAAGUAGAAGUUGAUCCCAGUAUGUUUCAAGGUUUAAAAUCCACUCCCCGUUUCUUGCAGCAUUUUAGUAUUUGGCGAAGUUUGUUUUGUUUCCUCACAAAGUAAAAGGUUGAGUGGGAUCCAUGAGUUGUGGAGAAGUCAGGAAAUAAUUUGUCUUGAUAGUUGUUCUGUCAUUCGUUGCCACCCCCCGCCCCCGGUUUCCUUUUACACAUUGUAAAGUGAGUCAGAUGACAAACAGUAGAAGAGCAGAAAUAAAUCCAGUAAACUGUUUAACCCA